AUGAGUGUGCUGGGUCGUCUGCGAGGCUCUUACACGCUACUUUCUAGAUCCGAUGAGGAUCAAGAUCAAGACGCCCACAAGAAGGAAGGCCGUGAGCUUGCCCAGACGCCUCAAUUGGAUCAUGAUAGCGAUGAUGUUGAAGCAGCCAUCCCAGUCUCUGAUCAAUCAAUACGAUGCAGUAGGUUGGCACUGGUGCUGGCUGGAUUCUUCUGCAUUAUAUUUGGAUACCUAACGGCGCGACUCGUGGAGAGCCGAAGUAUGAAUCACACAGACCCGCAGCUGUGCCGAGAUGUAGCAUUCCGUAGAGAAUGGCGAAGUUUGAGUAAUGACCAGAAAGUUGAUUUCAUCAGCGCGGUGAGAUGUCUUGCAUCUGCACCAUCGAAGCAAAUCCCGGACGACUCGUUAUACGACGACUUCGCGUAUGUGCACACAGAUACAGGAAGAGAUUCCUACGAUUCUGCCGCAUUCCUUCCUUACCACAGAUAUCUCCUCUACGUAUAUGAGAGACAGUUGAAAGACGUGUGUGGUUAUAAUGGUAAUUUGCCAUACUGGGAUUGGACUUUGGACUGGCAAGAUCUGGCCGCAUCACCUGUUUUCACCAACACAAGUGGUUUGGGCAGUAUUUCAGGUAUUGAUAGCCCGUGCGUCAACGACGGUCCUCUAAACGACCUCAGCCUCCCAUACUACGAUGGUGAAUACCCAAACUGUAUCUGGCGUGCUUUGCCAGUGCAUCGAGUCGCUCAGAAUUCCAGCAAACAGGUCUUAUCUGAAGACAGUCUGAGCCCAGCAGCAGUGGAUAAACUCUUGCUACAAAACACGUAUGACGAAUUCCUCCUGGAACUGCAGAAAAACGCCAAAGUAUAUAUUCCCAACGGCAUAAAAGGAAACUUCAUGGAGUUUACCGCUCCAAACGAUCCAUUGUUCUUUUUACACCACGGCCAACUGGAUCGUGUAUGGUGGCAAUGGCAGCAAGAUAGAUCCUAUCAGAGACUCCUUGAAUAUUCCGCGAAUGGAGAUGAAGGAAAACAGACUAGGUAUCUCAGCGACGUUAUAUCCCUGGGAGUGUUGGCCAACAAUGUCAGCGUCCAAGAAGUAAUGGAUACUGAGGCGGGAUUCCUCUGCUAUAGAUACUAG